GUUAGUUUUGGUCAAUUCACUCAAAAUACGAAUAGUGCAAUAUUCUACUUGAGGCGAUCAUGGUCGGAUGGUUGUUCAUAUUAAUCUACAGCAAGGGAACCGGAAAGCCUUUGCCUUGAAGUUUUGUACGUUUAAAAGAAUAAGAAGCAGCAGCUUCUCCUUAUUCUUCUUCCCCUACUUAUUUUCCUGCGUUUUCUCAAGGUUUUUGUGAUACACAAAGGAUGAUAUGGACUGCUCCAUCUGCACUUCUAUGCCAGUUAUGUUAAGGCCUCCGAGGAAUACAAUAUGUUUGACAUGCUAUGAGGGAGCUAGGAGCGUUAUCUCCUUCAUAAACAAAGAGGAGGGAACCAAUGAAGAGAGGAUAGAGAAACAUUCCUCCACUCUCAAUUAUGGGCUGUCAUUUUGUGAUGUGCUGCUAAUUUCUUUUCUCCCACAGACUCUCGAAAAUGUAUCAAAAUGGGUACAUAAUAUGAACGAAGUGUCCGAAGAACUCAAUGAGAAGAUUAGACUCCUAAGUGGGUUUUCUGUUGCACUUAGAGAUAAAAUCCACACCGACAUAUUGUUGCAACCUGGUGAUGAUGGUCCUCCAGUCCCUGCCCAUAGAGCCUUAUUGGCAAUAAGAUUAGAAAUUUUUAACAACAUUCUAGACUUAGAUGGAUGCAAGGCUCCACCAAACGACACCAUAAAACUGCCCGAACUGAACCAUGAAGAGCUCGAGUCUCUCUUGGAAUUUCUGUACCAUGGGGACUUGUCAGAAGAGAAGAUGAACAAACACAUCUACUCCUUGUCCCUUGCAGCUGAUAAGUAUGGAAUCUCGUACUUGCAGAAGCUAUGUGAGCGUCAUAUGCAUAAGUCUUUGAGCUCAGCCAAUGCUCUUGAUGUUUUAGAGGUCGCAGACGUUUGUUCCAGCCUAACACUGAGGGAGAAUGCCUUGGAAUACAUUGUUAAAAAUAUGCAUGACAUAAUUUUCUCUGCUAAAUAUGAUACGUUUGCACUUAAGAAUCCACAUCUAUGUGUACAGAUUUCUAGAGCAUCAUUGAUGGAUGACAAAAGAAAUUCAGUUGUAAGGGAAUGUUAUUGAU